AUGAACAACCACCGACCAGGAAGGAACACCACCACAAGGACGGUGAACUCCUCCUACCAAACCAGGAGAAGGACACCACCACCGGAGGAACUACCGAUACACCAACCACCAGGAGGAACACCACCACCAGGAGAACUACUCUACCCACAGGAGGAACAGGAGGACACCACCACCGGGAACACCAAGGAACACCAACUCACCGGAGGAACACCACCACCUGGAGGAACUCCACCACCAGGAGAGAACACCACCCACCGGAGGAACUCCACCACCAGGAGGAACUCCACCACGGAAACACCACCACCAGGAGGAACACCACCACAGGAGGAAACUCACAGCCACCCUGCGCACCCCCCCACUUGCACCACCCAUAAGGCGCUGGGGAACUCCCACCACCAGGAGGAACACCACCACCAAGAGGAACACCACCACCGGGAGGCGACCUCACCACCACCAGGAGGAACACCACCACCGGGCAGAGGAAACUCACCAGGGAGGAAACACCACCACAGGAGGAACUCCACCACCAGGAGGAACACCACCGCACACCACCGGGAGGAACACCACCACCGGGAGGAACUCCACCACCAGGAGGAAAUCCACCACCUGGAACUCGGAGGAACACCCUGGAGGAACACAACCACCAGGAGGAACACCACCACCGGGAGGAACACCACCUACCGGGAGAACACCCACCACCAGGAGGAACAACCCCACCACCAGGAGGAACUCCACCCGGGAGGAACCCACCAGGGAUGGAACACCACCACCGGAGGAACUCCACCCAGGGGAACUCACACCACCAGGAGGAACACCACCAGGACCCACCACCUGGAGGAACUCCACCACCAGGAGGAACACGAAGGAACUCCAACCCACCAGGAGGUUAAACAGCCACCACCAAGGAGAACACCACCACCAGGAGGAACACCACCACCAGGAGGAACACCAACCACCAAGAGGAACACCAACCACACGGGAGGAAACACCACCAUCAGGAGGAACUCCCACCACCAGGAGGAACACCACCACCUAGGAAGGAACUCCCACCUGGAGGAACUCCACCACCUGGAGAAAACACCAACCACCGGGAGGAAAACACCACGCACCAGGAGGAACACCACCACCAGGAGGAAACAACCACCUGGAGGGAACACCACCCUGGAGGAACACCACCCACCAGGAGGAACACCACACAAAGGAGGAAACUCCACCACCAAGGCAAGGAAAGCACCACCACGGGAGGAGCACCACCGACUCGGGAAGGACACCACACCAGGAGGAACACCACACCACCAGGAGGAACAUCCACUUACGCCUAAGGAGGAACACCACCACCGGGAGGAACUCCACCCACCAGGAGUAACUACACACCACCAGGAGGAAUCACCACCACACUUACAUAAUUCCAAGGAGAAGCACCAUCCACCAAGAGGGAACACCACCACCAGGAGGAAACACCACCACCAGAGGAACAUUACCUACCACAGGAGGAAACACCACCAACGGGAGGAACACCACCACCGGGAGGAACACCACACGCAUGAGGAACACCGACCACCAGAAGGAUACAAUCCCCAACCAGGAAGGAAACUCCACCACUAG